AUGGAUAGAUACGAAGAAACCUAUUUGGACGGAUCGGAGAUAACCAGUUUACAACACCAAGAGCAAGAGGAACAGGAACAAGAAGAGCAAAUACCAUCUCAUCCAGCAGCUACCCAGAAUAUAGUAGAUGAAGAAGAGUUGUUGGCAGCGCAAGCGGCAGCCGAGGCAGCAGCGGCAGCCCAACUGCAGCAACCAGGUGGUGCAUUCAAUAAUGUUGGACAGGGUUUAACGGGAGUUUAUAGAGAUAUGAUGAUGCAAUAUUGGCAGGAAACUAUUAAUUCGAUCGAACACGAUGAACACGAUUUUAAAAAUCACCAGUUACCGUUAGCUAGAAUCAAGAAAGUGAUGAAAACAGACGAAGACGUUCGUAUGAUAAGUGCAGAAGCCCCAAUUUUGUUCGCCAAGGGAUGUGAUGUAUUUAUAACUGAAUUAACUAUGAGAGCAUGGAUUCAUGCCGAAGAAAACAAGAGAAGAACAUUACAGAAGUCGGAUAUAGCUGCUGCUUUAACGAAGAGUGAUAUGUUUGAUUUCUUGAUUGAUAUUGUUCCAAGAGACGAAGAAAAGCCUAAAAAGUCAUACUCAUCCCUGUCCAGAUCUGGAAGCUACGCUAAUAUACCUCCAAAUUCGAAUCCAGCAUUGUCUAACGCAAGCCAGCAGCAAAUACCCACAAGUCAGCCUAAGAAUAUUUCUCAGAUUCCUGGGAAUAUCAACGAAGAUCAGGACAUAAAGAACGAUGACAGGCAAAUAAAUGAUCCGCAGAUUCUCCACCAACAAAUGCUCCAACAGCAAAUGUUGCAGCAGCAGCAGCAACAACAACAACAUCAACAUCAACAACAUCAUCAACAACAACAUCAACCACCACAACCACCACAGCAUCAGCAACACCAGCAACAACCACAACAACCAGAUCAAUCACAAGCAGAACAAUCCGAGCCGCAGUUACCACCACAGCAAAUAAAACUGGAACAAAAUUAUUCUGAGAUGCCCCAGUUCCCAGAGGGAACUACACAACCACCCCAAAUCAGCAACCGAAAUGAAUUUCAGAAUUUCAACUUCCAAGUUUACGAAUGA